AUGAGGUCUCUGCUGCCCAAACCUCCCCAGACAACUGUCCCCAUCAUGAUCUCCAGCCCUGAGAUUGGGAGCACUCUGCUUACCCUGGGACCUGCAGCCAUUGUGGCUGUGGGCAUCCUCUGGGUGGGAGCAGACUUCGAGCAAGAUGCGGAAUUGGCCAGUUUUGGACAUUACUCUGACUUAUUUUCAGAUGACCCUUCUGACAAGCCCCCAUGUCGAGGUUGCUCAUCUAACCUGGUGGAACCCUACAUAAAAUGUGCUGAGUGUGGAUCCUCACCUUUCCUUCUAUGUCUCCAGUGUUUUACCAGAGGGUUUGAGUUCAAGAAACAUGAGAGUGAUCACAAGUAUGAAAUAAUGACGUCAGACUUCCCUGUGCUGGAACUUGGCUGGACAGCACAGGAGGAGAUGGCCCUGCUGGAAGCAGUUAUGGACUGUGGCUUUGGGAACUGGCAGGAUGUGGCGUAUCAGAUGCGCACCAAAAGCAAGGAGGAGUGUGAGGCCCACUACAUGAAGAACUUCAUCAACAACCCCUUGUUCUCCUCCACCCUGCUCAAUCUCAGACAGAUAGAGACCCGUACUGCAGACACUACCAUUCCCUUCAAACCCACUGACGACCCCCCCAGGCCCACCUUUGACUCCCUGUUGUCUCGAGACAUGGCUGGAUACAUGCCUGCCAGAGCAGACUUCAUGGAGGAAUUUGACAACUACGCUGAGUGGGAUCUGAAAGACAUUGAUUUUGUGGAUGAUGACUCAGACAUACUACAUGCGUUGAAGAUUGCUGUUGUUGACAUAUACCAUUCAAGGUUAAAGGAGAGAGGUAGAAGAAAGAAGAUCAUCAGGGACCAUGGACUGAUCAACCUGCGGAAAUUCCAGAUCCUGGAGCGUCGCUACCCUAAGGAGGUACAGGAUCUGUAUGAUGCUAUGAGACGUUUCGCCAGGGUGGUGGGCCCCAUCGAACACGACAAGUUCAUAGAGAGUCAUGCAUUGGAGAUUGAGCUGAGGAGAGAGAUCGGCAGGCUGCAGGAGUACAGAAGAGCAGGCAUCCAGUCUUUCUGCAGUGCCAAGGUGUGUGAGUGUGUGAAGCACGUGCGGGAGGAUGAGCGGAGGAAGAGGACCUUGCUAGUUGAUGUGCUGCAGUACAUUCAGGACGGACGGGCCUGCCAGCAGUGGCUCAGCAAACAGGCUGCCAUUGAUGCUGGUAUCACUCCUGUUGUCACCACCAUCACCACAUCAGGCAGGAGAAGCGCCCCUCUCAACCUGACCGGCCUGCCAGGGACAGAGAAGCUCAACGACAGAGAGAAAGAGCUGUGCCAGGUGGUGCGUCUGGUGCCAGGUGCGUACCUGGAGUACAAGCAGGCCCUGCUGAACGAGUGCAGGCGGCAGGGUGGUCUACGGCUGGCACAGGCCCGGGCACUCAUCAAGAUCGACGUCAACAAGACACGCAAGAUCUACGACUUCCUGAUCAAGGAGGGCUACAUCAACAAGGCCUAGGCCAGC